AACACACUCUGUUUCCAUCUUCUCCUGGUUAAUGUGUAAUCUGAGAGCAGAAUAAAGCUGCAGUGUUUGUAGUGUGAGCGAUCUGGAGCAGACAUCAUGAGCUUCUCUCUGUUCUUCUCCGCUGGAACAUGGGCUCUGCUCACACUGACUGUGCUGCUUCUGUAUGUAUAUGGAUCCUGGCCUCACGGUUUCUUCAAGAAGCUGGGCAUCCCGGGGCCCAAACCCCUUCCAUUCUUCGGAACCAUGCUGGAAUAUAGAAAGGGGUUUCAUCUGUUUGAUCUGGAGUGUUUGAAGAAGUAUGGGCGAGUCUGGGGUAUCUAUGAUGCGAGGCAGCCCGUUCUGUGCAUCAUGGACCAAUCCAUCAUCAAAACCAUCCUGGUUAAAGAAUGCCUCUCUCUCUUCACCAACAGAAGGAACUUCGGUCUGAACGGGCCGCUGUAUGACGCCGUGUCCAUCGUGGAAGAUGACGACUGGAGGAGGAUCCGCAGCGUCCUCUCGCCCUCCUUCACCAGCGGCAGGUUAAAGGAGAUGUUUGGCAUCAUGAAGACUCACUCUCAGAUCCUGGUUGAUAAUCUGAAGAAGACAGCGAUGCGAGGAGAAGCUGUGGAUAUUAAAGAGUUCUUCGGGGCGUACAGUAUGGACGUGGUGACCAGCACAGCCUUCAGCGUCGACAUCGACUCUCUCAACAACCCCAGAGAUCCUUUUGUGACCAACAUCAAGAAGAUGCUGAAGUUUGACUUCCUGAACCCUGUGUUCCUGAUCAGCGCUGUAUUUCCUUUCAUCACUCCUGUCCUGGAGAAAAUGGGUUUCGCCUUCUUCCCGACUUCUGUGACCGACUUCUUCUACGCUGCCUUGAAGAAGAUCAAGUCUGAAAGAGUGUCCAGCGAGCAGAAGAAGAAGCGAGUGGACUUCCUGCAGCUGAUGGUGGAUUCUCAGACGGCUGGGGGAUCUGAGGAGCACACUGAGAAAGGUCUGAGCGACUACGAGAUCCUCUCUCAGUCCAUGAUCUUCAUCUUCGGCGGGUACGAGACCAGCAGCAGCACGCUGUCCUUCUUCUUCUACAAUCUGGCCACACACCCCGAGGCCAUGAAGAAGCUGCAGGAGGAGAUCGACCAGAGCUUCUCUAGAGAGGAUCCGGUGGACUAUGAAGGCAUCAUGAACAUGGAGUAUCUGGACGCAGCGCUGAACGAGUCUCUGCGGCUCUUCCCCAUCGUUGCUCGACUGGAGCGUGUCUGUAAGAAAACGGUGGACAUCAACGGCCUCCUGGUUCCUAAAGACGUGGUGGUGAUGAUCCCGACCUUCGCCCUCCACAGAGACCCGGACUACUGGAGCGAGCCGGACAGCUUCAGACCGCAGAGGUUCUCUAAAGACAACAGAGAGUCGAUCGACCCCUACAUGUUCAUGCCCUUCGGUCUGGGGCCCAGGAACUGCAUCGGGAUGAGGUUUGCUCAGGUGAGCAUCAAGCUGGCCAUCGUGGAGAUCCUGCAGCGCUUCGACGUCUCUGUGUGUGAGCAGACUCAGGUUCCUCUGGAGCUCGACACCAGCGGACUCCUGGCCCCCAAGAGCCCCAUCAAACUCCAGUUCAAGCCUCGCAAACCUUCCCUCUCAGAGGACAUCUGUAACAACAACAACACGUCGUGAAGCAGCUCUCAGGCCGACGAGAAGCUUUCCCUGCUCUUCAUCUUUUCAGACUGAGAGCUUGAGUAACUUAGCUUCUGAGAGCACAGAUUCAGAUUCAGGGGUUUAUUCUGAUUGAGAGAACUAAACAUGAGAUCAGCCUUUAAAGAUGUUCUGUUGAAAUAUGAAAUAAAAUGUAUGAAAAGUGA